AGUUCGGACAGCGGCCAGAUCUGAUCUCAUCUGAUCAUCAAAUACCUCAAGCUCUAGCCAUGGGAAACUGCCAACCAACCGUUUUUCCUUAUGAAGACUUUGAUGUAGUUGCUGACAUAAAGGCCAUCCGCAAAGCCUGCAAAGGUUUAGGAACUGAUGAGCAAGCCAUCAUAGACAUCCUAGCCAAUCGAAGUGCAGCUCAGCGACUGGAGAUCAAACAUGCAUACUUUGAGAAAUAUGAUGAUGAAUUGGUGGAGGUUUUGAAGAGUGAGCUGUCUGGUAAUUUUGAGAAGGCCAUUAUUGCUAUGUUGGAUCCUCCUCAUGUGUUUGCUGUUAAAGAGCUUAGGAAGGCCAUGAAGGGCGCUGGCACAGACGAGGAUGUCCUGGUGGAGAUUCUGUGCACUGCUACCAAUGCUGAGAUUGCCACUUACAGAGAAACCUACACCCAUGUGCAUGACAGGGAUUUGGAGGCAGACAUUGAAGGAGACACCAGUGGGGAUGUUAGGAGACUACUAACAUUGCUUCUCCAGGGUAACAGAGACGAGAGCUACGAGGUGGACGACACACUGGCAGAGCAAGAUGCCGUCUCACUUUUUGAAGCUGGAGAGGGCUGCUUUGGCACAGAUGAGUCAACUUUCAGCUUCAUUCUGGCCACAAGGAACUACUUACAACUGCAGGCCACAUUCAAAGCUUAUGAAGCCCUUUCUGGAACAGAGAUUUUAGAUGCAAUCGAUAGGGAAACCUCUGGAACUCUGAAGGACUGCUACAUUACUCUUGUGAGGUGUGCUAAGAACCCCCAGCUAUACUUUGCCCGGAAGCUGAAUGCCGCUAUGAAAGGAGCUGGAACUGAUGAAGACACUCUCAUCCGCAUCAUCGUGUGUCGCUCAGAGAUUGAUCUGGACACCAUUAAAGACAUGUUCCUGGAGAAAUAUGAUGUGUCUCUAAAAGAUGCCAUCAGAUCGGAAUGCAGCGGAGAUUUCAAGCGCCUCCUGUUGGCCAUCCUUCACUGAGAGAAACAAAAUCUAAGUGCUCAUCAUGGUUAAGGAGGCUUUCACUAUUGUCACAAUCAAUGCAAACUAAUGUGACUUAUUUUCUGUCUUAUUGUCUACAAAGAUGUUUUCAUAAAACUAAGUUUAAAGUGGAAAAUUAGUAACACAGUCUUCAAGUUCAAUAUGUUUAAUAUUAAUGUUUUUUUUAAACUGUGAAAAUAUGUAUUACAUAUAGGCCUAUAUUAUGAAGAUGUAUAACAGCACUCAAAAAUCUCAUGAGCAGCUGUCCUCACAAACAGAAAAAUGUAUUUGUGUCCAAUUUCUGUGACAUUCCUUGUUCUCGAGGCAAAAUUGGCCAGUUGAAUUUGUUUAAGUGGAGUCUUGUGGUUUCCAGGAUUACAAGAUAACAUUGGUGCAUUAUGAUGAUUAGAAGUUGAGAAGUUAGAACACAAAUAAUAUAAAGCCAGCAUUUUUAUUUUCUGUCCAGUAUCAGUCGUGAUAUGCCGCCAAUGUUUUGUCACACUAAAACCUCACAUUGUUCCUGUUUCAAAAUGUGCACGGCACUGUGAAUUCUAAAUAUGUAUGUUAAUGACUUUGUGAAUCAUGUCGAAAAAUGCUAAAAUUACAAUGU